AUGCCGAACGUAACAUCUUCGAAUUCUCAAGUUGAAACAAGUAGUAAUUCACUGCCUUCAACCAAGUCCAAAAAGAACAAGAGGAAAUCUUUAGCGGUUACUACUUCAAAAGAUGUUUCUCCGUCACGUCAAGAGCCACAUUCCCCUAAUACGCUGGCUCCUGAUACUGCGGACGUUAGUCUUGAGAACGGUAACAAAAAUCCGUACAUUGAAGUUAUUAAUAAAAGGAUCAGGACUUUGAGGAAAAAGAUG